AUGGCACCCUCGCGGGAUUUUGCCUCCCAUCAGCUUGGGGGUACGCACGGCCUACCAAGCUUCAUUCCUGUACUUAUUGUUGGCGGAGGGCCAACGGGCCUCUUGCAGGCCCUUCUACUAUCUCGACUCGGGGUUCGCUCAUUGAUCAUUGAGCGUUAUCCUGAACGAUUGGCAGCCCCCAAGGCCCACGCAAUCAACCCCCGCACCCUGGAAAUCUUGCGACAAUAUGGACUGGGCGAAAAGCGGAUUCGCCAAUUGGGCACUCAACGGAAUGACAGCUCUUGGGUCAAUUUUCUCACCAAUCUUUCCGGUGAUCUGAUUGGCAGGAUUCCCUAUGAACGUAUGGAUCCUGCGGUCUUGGAUGAUACACCAGAGAUGAUACACAACAUUCCUCAACCAGUCCUGGAGCAAGAGUUAACAAACCAAAUCAGCAAAGAUCCCAACAUUACCCUGGUUAAAGGGUUCAGCAUCCAUGCUGUAGACCAAACUGAACGCGAGGUUCGUGCGACAAUAGAGGAUCGAGCCAGUGGACAGUUGCAUCAGGUAGCAUCGCGACACUUUAUAGCUUGUGAUGGUCGCAAGAGCAAAGUUCGUGAAUUGCUCGGCAUCGAUUCGGAGAGUGAGGAUUCGGACCAAACGAUGAUGACCAUUCACUUCAACGCCAAUCUUCGGCCAGUCGUCAAUGAUCGCGUCGGUAUGCUUUACUGGAUCAUGGACCCGAUUGCGGCAGGCUUCAUCAUCGGAUAUGAUCUCGAUGGUACUCAGGUACAUAUCAGCCAGGUCGAUGUGAAGCAGAAUCCAGUCGAGUCUUGGACGGAAGAGCUGUGUAAGGAGAAGAUUCGUGGAGCCAUUGGUAAGGAUGAUGUGCCAUUCGACAUUCUCAGCUUUCGACCUUGGGUCUUCCGACGGCAAGUUGCACACACCUUCCAGGAAGGAAAUAUCUUCCUUGCCGGUGAUGCCGCUCAUUCAUUCCCGCCAACUGGCGGGCUCGGUCUGAAUUGCGGUCUCGCAGAUGUCCACAAUCUGGCGUACAAGAUUGCCCUGGUUCACCGGGAGAUCGCAAGCCCAGCAAUCCUUUCGACAUACACAUCCGAAAGGCGGGGUGUUGCAGAUUCAUACUCCAAACAGAGCGUCAAAAAUGGUAAGGAGAUAUUCGCGCUGUUGCAAAGCUUGAGGACUGCAGGUGUAGAAGAUGUUGUACAAGCACGCAAGAAUAUGAAGGAUGCGUUGGCGGAUCCAGAACAACAUGCGGACGUGAUAGCAGGUAUUGAGGGACAGCGGGAGCAUUUUGACAACCUUGAGCUGCAUAUCGGGUAUGUGUAUGGCUUUGUCAAUCCACCACCUCAUGCAUCUUAUUACUCGCCAAAGUUCGUGUCAGGGGCACGUUUGCCUCAUGCGUGGAUCAAAUUUCACAACUCGCCUAUCUCUGCUGAGAAGCUAGGUAGACAUGCUGCUCUUCCGCGAGAGCCAGUCGACGUUUCCUAUGUUAAAGAACUUUCCGAGGAGGAGAUAGAUUCCCGUCAAUGGAGUACUUUGGAUCUCUGUGGUCCGCUUUCCUGGACUCUGAUUCUUGGGCGAGACCAGCCGCUCGUGCCUUUGUCAAGCUUUGUGGAUCACUGUGAGUCGAUUGGACUUGAGCUCAACAUCUGGCGUCUUGGUGAAGACUUCGACUUGGCCAAAAGUAAUGUGUUGGAUGUGGAGUUGUCAAAUGGUGGUGGAAUCUUAAUUCGCCCUGAUCAGCACGUAAUGAUGAGGAUGACUUCUCGCACUACAGGAGAUGAUAUGUUGAAAGAGCUGAGAAGACAUCUCGGCGUUUGA